UUAAGGUUUGAGCAGAAAAGGAAAAUGUUCAACCAAACUACUGUGACUGAGUUCCUCUUGCUGGGAUUCUCUGACUUGAGGGAGCUGCAGAUCUUACAUGUUAUCAUCUUCCUAAUUGCCUACAUGUUUGCCCUGAUGGGCAAUCUUCUUGUUAUCAUGGCUGUAGCCUGUGACCACUGUCUUCACACUCCUAUGUACUUCUUCCUGAUGAAUCUUUCCAUCCUGGACCUCAGCUCCAUCUCUGUGACUGUCCCCAAAUCCAUAGGGAAUUCCCUACUCAACACCAGGUCAAUUUCUUAUUCUGGAUGUGUUGCCCAAGUCUUUCUUUUCUUUUUCUUUGCUACAAACAACUUCAUCUUCCUCACUAUCAUGGCAUAUGACUGCUAUGUUGCCAUCUGCAAGCCACUCUACUACAAAACAAUCAUGGACUUGAGAGUUUGUGCUCAGAUGACUGCUGCUGCCUGGAUCUGUGCUUUUCUGUACUCUGCAAUGCACACUGGUAACACAUUCUGGUUACCUUUCUGUUCCUCAAAUGUUAUUGAUAAAUUCUUCUGUGACAUACCACAGCUCCUAAAACUCUCCUGCUCUGAGGCAGAUAUCAGUGAACUUGUUAUACUGGUCUUAAGUGCAUGUCUGUACUUCAUUGCCUUCCUUUUUGUAGUUGUGUCUUACAUUAACAUUUUCACUGUAGUGUUUAAGAUUCCCUCAAAGUAUGGCCGGCAUAAGGCCUAUGCCACAUGCCUUCCUCAUCUCACUAUGAUUUCCUUGUUCAUUUCUACCGGGAUCAUUGCCUAUGUCAUACCUAUCUCCCACCCCCUAUCAGUUCUAGAUCUCAUCGUGGAUGUUCUCUAUUCUGUGCUGCCUCCUGUGAUGAAUCCAAUCAUUUACAGCAUUAGAAACAAAGAGAUCAAAGCUGCCAUAAGGAAAUUGAUGGUUUGGAAGUUCUUCCCCAAAAGAAAUCUGUUUUUAUAA